UGUGAUUCACAUGGGAUAAAUAUUAGAAUAUGGGAACCAAAGGUUUGUCCAAAUGCAUACAUAUCCAUAUUAUUUCAGACAAGUCACAACUUGUGGAUCUGUUUCCUUUACACAUCAAUGGAGGAAAAUAAAGUACCAUUUCUUCCUUCCAUUACGCCUUCUUCAAAGGCUUCUUUUGAUGCCGACGAAGAUGAUAUUAGAUCGAUUAAUGGUGUUAAAAGCUUCGUAAAGGAAUUCCAUUACGAAUCGAAAAAGCUAUGGUACUUAGCAGGACCUGCCAUUUUCACUUCCCUUUGUCAAUACUCAUUAGGUGCUGUUACUCAAAUCUUUGCGGGUCAUGUUGGAACUAUUCAACUUGCUGCUGUUUCUAUCCAAAUCUCUGUUAUUGCUGGGUUUUCAGAAGGAAUACUGUUGGGAAUGGGAAGUGCAUUAGAGACGCUGUGUGGGCAAGCAUAUGGAGCUAAACAAAAAGAUAUGUUGGGGAUUUAUAUGCAGAGAUCAUGGAUAAUACUGAACGGAACUGCGUUAGUUUUAAUGUUUUUGAAUAUAUUUGCAACACAAAUUCUAAGAUUCAUUGGGCAACAAGAGAAGAUAGCAGAAUGGGCAGGACAAUUUUCGUUGUGGAUGAUACCAAUGGUUUUUGCUUAUGCAUUUGAGUUUCCUAUCAUGAAAUUUCUUCAAGCUCAAAGCAAAAUUAUGACUAUGGCCGUUAUAGCUGGAGUUUCAUGUGCUAUGCACGCUCUGUUAACUUGGAUUUUUAUGUUGAAAUUGGGUUUGGGUUUGGCCGCUGGGGCAGUGAUUCUGAAUUGUUCAUGGUGGUUUAUGGUGACUGCAAAAAUGGUGUAUAUUUUGUGGGGGAAUUCAUGUGGUGAUGCUUGGUCUGGAUUUUCAUGGGAGGCAUUCAAAAAUUUGUGGGGAUUUGUUAGAUUAUCUCUUGCAUCUGGGGUUAUGAUAUGCUUGGAACUUUGGUAUUUCAUGUCCUUGAUUCUAGCCGCAGGUUACGUUGAGGAUGCAGAAAUCGCUGUCGAUGCUACUUCCAUAUGUGCAAACAUAAUAGGAUGGACGUUCAUGUUGUGUAUUGGAUUCAAUGCUGCGAUAAGUGUAAGGGUAUCAAAUGAACUAGGAGCAGGACAUCCAAGAAGAGCAAAGUUUUCAGUAAUAGUGGUGUCAAUAACUUCACUUGUAAUUGGUGCAUUAUUGACAAUAUUACUCUUACUAACACGAAGCCAAUAUCCACUUUUGUUCACAAAUAAUGUGAAAGUUCAAAAAAUGGUAUAUGAUCUUACUCCUGUAUUGGGACUUACACUCUUCGUCAACACUCUCCAACCUACACUCUCUGGGGUGGCAAUUGGAGCAGGGUGGCAAGAACAUGUUGCUUAUGUGAACAUAAUAUGUUAUUAUGUCAUUGGAAUACCUUUGGGUCUCUUUCUUACUUUCUUCAUGAAAUGGGGCAUGCCGGGCAUGUGGUAUGGGAUGUUAUUAGGAACUACAACUCAAACUAGUGUUCUCAUUUGGAUAACUGCAAGAACUGAUUGGGACAGGGAGGCUUCUGUUGCUGGAGAGAGAAUAAAGCAACUAGGAGGAAACAAAAGCUUGGAUGUCAUUGAUGGAUAUGCCAUCAAUUAAGCCUCAUAGAGUUACUCCAACUAUUUCCACUUUUCAAUUAUUUAAUUUUCCUUUAAUCCUAGAUUAGUGUUAUGUAUCAUUUGAGAAAGCUUUUUGUAACCUACUUUUGGUAUGUCCUUUUUUAUUUGUCCAUGGUCUUAAUAAUAGUUGCUCAGUUUUAUUUAUUCA